AACUUAUCGUCUGUCACUAUGCUAGGUGGCUACAUUUAACAUAACUAAAGUCAUGUAAUUCCACGGAAAUGUUGAGUUCUGACACGUACAUCUCUGUUGUUGGACCUUCAAGUAAGACAAAAAAUUUGCUUUAUUUGCCAAACUAAAACUUUUGACGAGAAAAACUGGGAAAGAAGACGUUUGAAGGAGCCUUCGAAUUGGGACUGACGUUGUGACGUAAUCAGACAAUAUUAAUUGGCAAACUCUCGAGGGUUGUUAUUUAUUAAAUAUGUUAAGACAAUCCGAGAAAUUCAAAACUCAACCAUGAAAUGUAACGAUCUAGAACUUUCUAACGGAUGCCGCUUCCCAUCAGCAGCGGGCAGUCCAAUGAGGUCCAGCUAAGUCCUCCACCAUGAGGGGCCCCCAGCGACAGGACCCCCCCCAGGCCCUUGGACAGUGGCGCGUCACGUUUCCGCGAACACAAGAAGCUCGUUUUAAAAUAGAUGAUGACCCAGUCCACCCCCUCAUCGGACCUCCGCCACCCUCCUCCGUGCCCGGCUCUGCCCGCUGGUUCUGUCUUUCAGUGUGUAGGUGAGAGCACAGUCGCCCAAGCAGGUCCGCGCAGGGAAGCACAAGAAGAACUAGAACCGACACCUCAGGUCCAGCCAGGGAAGAGGGGUCUCCCCAAAACCUGAGUCUCCGCCCCCCUCCUCAGUCUCCGCCCCCCUGCACAGCCAUGAGUCGCAGCAUCGUGCGGCAGAGCAAGUUCCGCCACGUCUUCGGCCAGGCCGUCAAGACCGAGCAGGGCUACGACGACAUCCGCGUCUCCAAGGUGACGUGGGACAGCUCCUUCUGCGCCGUCAACCCAAAGUUCCUGGCCGUCAUCGUGGAGUCCAGCGGGGGCGGAGCCUUCCUGGUCCUGCCCCUUGCCAAGACGGGGCGUGUGGACAAGAACUACCCUCUGGUCAUAGGACACUCUGGGCCUGUCCUCGACAUUGACUGGUGUCCCCAUGAUGACAACAUCCUGGCCAGCGGCUCAGAGGACUGCACCGCCAUGGUGUGGCAGAUUCCUGAUCACUCGUUGAUCCGCCCCAUCACCGACCCUGUGGUGGUCCUGGAGGGUCACUCCAAACGUGUCGGCAUCAUCAGUUGGCACCCGACCACACGCAACAUCCUACUCACUGCAGCCAGUGACAAUCUGGUCAUUAUCUGGAACGUGGGGACGGGCGAGCCCCUCAUGUCCAUGGAUGACCACCCAGACCUCAUCUACAGCAUCAGCUGGAACCGCAACGGAAGCUUCUUCUGCACCACCUGCAAGGACCGCCGCCUGCGCGUCUGCGACCCCCGCAAGGCCGAAGUGGUGGCGGAACGCUUGGCGCCUCACGAGGGAAUUCGACCAAUGAGAGCCAUCUUCACCCGAGACGGGAACAUUUUCACCACCGGAUUCACCAGGAUGAGCCAGAGAGAGCUCGGACUCUGGGACCCGACCAAUUUUGAGGAACCCAUCGCUCUGUUGGAGCUGGACACGAGUAACGGCGUCUUAUUACCGUAUUACGACCCAGAUGCCAACAUGGUCUACCUGUGUGGAAAGGGAGACAGCAGCAUCCGUUAUUUUGAGAUCACGGAGGAGCCGCCCUACGUGCACUACCUCAACACCUUCAGCAGCAAGGAGCCACAGAGAGGGAUGGGCUUCAUGCCCAAAAGAGGCGUGGACGUCAGCAAGUGUGAGAUUGCCAGGUUGUACAAGCUGCACGACAAGAAGUGUGAGCCCAUCACCAUGACCGUGCCCAGAAAAUCGGAUCUUUUCCAGGACGACCUGUACCCGGACACGGCUGGGCCUGAGCCCGCCAUGGAGCCCGAAGAGUGGCUGGAGGGCCGCGAUGAAGACCCCAUUCUGAUGUCCAUGAAGGAGGGCUAUGUGCCACCAAAGAGCCGAGAGCUCAAAGUGGCCAGGAAGAACGUGCUAGAUUCCAGACCCGCCCCCCGACGCAGCAUGUCCACGUGUGACGCCGCCAGCCUGCCGCCUCAGCUCCUUGAGAGACUGGUGGAGGAGAUCCACAACCUGAAGGCCACAGUUUUGUCUCAGGAGAAGAGAAUCUGUGACUUGGAGGACAAACUUUCACAGUACACUAACGGCACAGCCUGAGCGCCCCCUCCCCUCCAGAACCGCUCCUUGAGGACUGUUCUGAAGUGCUAAGCAAAGCUGCAGUGGCGCCGCGGUCCAGUGCUGCAACAUCCCUGUGCUGGAACAUAAUCGACAUUGCAGUGUGAACAUAACGGACCUGAAACUCUUUUUGGUGUUUUUAUUUGAAGGAGUGACAAGGGCUGAAGGUUUGAGGGACGCACUGAGCCGACUAAGUCAACAAAAAGGACCUCCUGCCUGGAAUGUCAAACGAGUCGUUAAAGUAAGUAAGAAGCCUUUUGUUUUUGCUGCGUCGGCUCGUCUCACAACAUGACGACAAGGUGUAAAUAGACACAAGUACAAAGAAGAGAAACCGUGUUCAACUUGUAGCAAAAUGGGACAAAUGUUGUAAAGGAUUAGACACAUGAUGACUAAAAUAAAAGUGUUUUUUUUAUUAAAUCUU